AUGCUAAUUGCUCUCGCGCUAGUCGCGUGGUCAUCUGCGAACGCGGCCUCCGCGAUGCCGAAGGAUGUCAUCCGUACCACCUACGACUUUACGACAUCAAAUAUUACUUACACCUUAGCCUCGGUCUCAAACGCGGACAUGGAAUCUUAUCACAUUAAGCGUGAGAAGCUUUCGUCAAUAAAGAAAAUCAGGGAAGGGCUACUCAAACUUAUUGAUAGCCCCGAGAUGUUUAAAGGCAACCCCAUUAUCAAGUGGAGGGACAAUAUCGUGAAAAAUCUGCUAGAGUUGCAGGUCACAAAGUGGAUACACGACAAACUAGAUGAGAGCAAAGUAUUCGAGGAAUUAAAGCUCCACAAGACGAAUAAUGACCCUUUGAAUAGCCCGGUCUUUUUCCAGUGGUUUAACUUCGUCGAGAAAUCGUACAGUUCGGACAAGGCAUAUGAGGUGAUCCUCAAAAGAGUAUUUCCUUAUUACAAAAGUAUGAAUGCUUUGGUGGGUGCGCUGGAUGCUGCCGCUAGUAAGAAAGCGGUUGCUCAAUAUCUACUAAACUACCAGUUCGACGAGUGGAAAACUAAAAAUAAAGAUGCGGCCGCCCUUCUCGAAAUUUUGGGUUUCGAUUCGACAAAUGACGACCCAUUCAAAAACCCGGCUUUGUCCGCGUGGGUCGACUUCGUCAAGUUAAUAUCCUCGAAUGAUCUUGAAGCAAGUAAGACAAUGCUGUCCAGCCUUAAAACAGUUUACAAGGACAAUCUGGACAGUGUUUUAUCGAAAGGAACAAAAACAAAGAUUGAUCGGUUGAAACGUGUCGCUCAUGAGCUGCAAGGUACAGAGCGGAAACGGCAGAAAGGUUCGACUUGA